CUCACACUGAAAACCUUCCUUCCACACAUUUAAGGGUAUCUACAGUGAAAAAUUUCUUUCUUCCGGCCACAAAUAUGCCCAUUCCAUCGACUUUGUAUGAAAAUCGCGACAAGUCCCCGUUCAGAGCGCCUCGGUACCGAAUUUUGCGCAGCUAUCGUUACCAUCCAUACGCGCGGCGCGAGCGUCUACAGUCUGUUGAUAAGCAUAAAAAUUCGGUCUUCACUUCCUCGUCAUCGAAGACAAUGGAGGGUCAGGACUCUAUAGUAUGGAAAGACGAAGGGGACAGCUAUGGAUGUUGGAAGAGGGCGCUUGCUGUGCUCGUCGUUCUCGCUAUCAUCUCACGCAUUCUCGAGAGUACAGCACUUUCUGUGGAGCUCUCUGUAGCGUCGUCGCAAUUGGUAUAUUACACUCAUCGAGGCCCACCAUGAAAAGUUUGCACAUUGCUCUCAAGUCCUGUAUGGGCAGAAUGGAUCGGAGUUCGUUGCAUCAGUAGCCGCAGGACACGGCCAGAAGUACGUGAGGCGAAUUUCUUGGUAUAGUGGGGGGGACAAUCCAGGUUCAAAAACGGUAGUGAAUGGAGAGUUAUUUAUUAGCGAUGUCCAAAUUGUACCCAAGGAAUCGAGAUAUAAAGAUUGGCCAGAGAAAGUAAAAUCGAAGACACUAUUAAGUUCCCAGCAGAAAAACCGGAAAAAUCACCCCAUUGAGAGACUAAGAGAUCGCAGUCGCGACGACGGUGAGCUCAAUAGCCGAUCAAAAGAAUAAGGCGGAAAAAUCCGAAUGCUUGGAUCAGCGAGCAAUUUCCAAUUUUGGUUUUC